AGCACCGAAGAAGUCAAACGAGAGUCCACAUCCGCUAGCUAAUCAAUCCUUCACAGAGCCGCAACCAUGGAAGAGGCAAAAAAGAAAGAGACUAAACAGUCUGAAAAGACUGACGAAAAAGAAAAGGAAAAGGAUCAGGGACCACAGUCAUCCGGGAAGGAUAAAGAAAAGAAAGAGGAGCAAGAAUUGUCAGAGGAAGACAAACAGUUACAGGAAGAUCUGGAAAUGAUGGUGGAGAGGCUGAGUGAGAAGAACACAGCUUUGUAUCGUCCUGCGCUGGAGGAGCUGCGAAGACUAAUCCGCUCCUCAACCACCUCCAUGACCUCAGUACCAAAGCCCUUGAAGUUUCUGCGCCCCCACUAUGCCAAGCUUAAAGAAAUCUACGACAGCAUGGCUUCUGGGGAAAACAAACAUUUUUGUGCUGAUGUGGUGUCGGUGCUUGCCAUGACCAUGAGCGGUGAGAGAGAGUGUUUAAAGUAUCGCCUGCUGGGUUCUCAAGAAGAGUUGGCAUCAUGGGGUCAUGAGUAUGUCAGGCAUCUUGCUGGAGAGGUGGCUAAGGAGUGGCAGGAGGUGGAGGAGAAUGAUAAAACCCAGCAGGAGACGCUGUUGAAACUUGUUAAGGAAAUCGUGCCCUACAACAUGGCUCACAAUGCAGAGCACGAGGCCUGCGACCUCUUAAUGGAAAUCGAGAGGCUGGACAUGCUGGAGGAUUACAUAGAUGAAAACGCUUAUGGCAAAGUCUGCCUUUAUCUGACCAGCUGUGUCAGUUACGUUCCCGAGCCAGAAAACUCAGCACUCCUUAGAUCUGCCUUGAACAUCUUCAGAAGGUUUAACCGUUUUCCAGAGGCUCUCCGUCUGGCUCUGAUGCUUAACGAUGUGGAGCUGGUAGAAAACAUCUUCACGUCCUGCAAAGACAUAGUCAUCCAGAAACAGAUGGCCUUCAUGCUGGGACGCCAUGGCAUGUUCCUCGAGCUGAACGAAGACGUAGAGGACUAUGAGGACUUAACAGAGAUCAUGUCUAACGUUCAGCUCAACAGCAACUUCUUGGCCCUGGCCCGAGAGCUGGACAUCAUGGAGCCAAAAGUCCCAGAUGACAUUUACAAGACCCACCUGGAGAACAACAGGUUUGGAGGCAGCGGCUCCCAGGUGGACUCCGCGCGCAUGAACUUGGCCUCAUCGUUUGUGAACGGUUUCGUCAACGCAGCCUUUGGGCAGGAUAAGCUACUAACGGAUGACGGCAACAAGUGGCUCUACAAAAACAAAGACCACGGCAUGUUGAGCGCUGCAGCCUCUCUGGGAAUGAUUCUUCUGUGGGAUGUGGAUGGAGGGCUGACUCAGAUUGACAAAUAUCUGUACUCCUCUGAAGACUACAUAAAGUCUGGCGCCCUCUUGGCCUGUGGCAUCGUAAACUCAGGCGUGAGGAACGAGUGUGACCCGGCUCUCGCUCUGCUGUCUGACUAUGUUCUCCAUAACAGCAAUGUCAUGAGGAUAGGAGCCAUCUUUGGCCUGGGUCUGGCCUAUGCUGGCUCCAACAGAGAGGAUGUCCUCUCGCUGCUGCUUCCUGUCAUGGGAGACUCCAAAUCCAGCAUGGAGGUGGUUGGUGUGACGGCGCUGGCGUGCGGGAUGAUUGCGGUGGGGUCUUGUAACGGUGACGUCACCUCCACCAUCGUUCAGACCAUCAUGGAGAAGAAUGAGCAGGAGCUGAAAGACACCUACGCUCGCUGGUUACCCCUGGGUUUAGGGCUCAACCAUCUAGGGAAAGGAGAAGCAAUCGAGACGACUCUCGCAGCUCUCCAGGUUGUCCCUGAACCUUUCCGCAGCUUUGCCAACACACUGGUGGACAUUUGUGCAUACGCAGGUUCUGGUAAUGUGCUGAAGGUGCAGCAGCUUCUUCAUAUUUGUAGUGAGCACUAUGAGGCAAAGGAGAAAGAGAAAGAGGACGACAAGGACAAGAAGGAUAAGAAGGAUAAAGACAAGAAGGAGAACGCUGCAGACAUGGGCUCUCACCAGGGUGUGGCAGUUCUCGGGAUUGCCCUGAUUGCCAUGGGGGAGGAGAUUGGCUCAGAAAUGGCCCUACGGACAUUUGGUCAUCUGCUGCGUUAUGGCGAGCCCAUCCUGAGGCGAGCAGUCCCCCUGGCCCUCGCUCUUAUCUCCGUGUCCAACCCACGCCUGAAUAUCUUGGACACGCUGAGCAAGUUUUCCCACGAUGCUGACCCUGAGGUUUCCCACAAUUCCAUCUUUGCUAUGGGCAUGGUGGGCAGUGGGACUAAUAACGCCCGCCUCGCCGCCAUGCUGCGGCAGCUGGCCCAGUAUCACGCCAAAGAUCCCAACAACCUCUUCAUGGUUCGACUGGCACAAGGUCUGACUCACCUGGGCAAAGGUACGCUCACCCUCUGUCCUUACCACAGUGACCGGCAGCUGAUGAGUCAGGUGGCCGUGGCUGGGCUGCUCACCGUGCUCGUGUCUUUCCUUGAUGUCAAGAACAUAAUCCUGGGCAAAUCUCACUACAUUCUUUAUGGGCUGGUAGCAGCCAUGCAGCCACGUAUGUUGGUCACGUUUGACGAGGAGCUGCGACCCCUCCCUGUGUCUGUGAGGGUCGGACAGGCGGUAGACGUUGUGGGUCAGGCAGGUAAACCGAAGGCCAUCACAGGUUUCCAGACCCACACCACGCCGGUGCUGCUGGCUCACGGCGAGAGGGCGGAGCUCGCCACAGAAGAGUACAUCCCCGUCACUCCCAUCCUCGAGGGCUUUGUCAUCCUCCGCAAGAACCCAAACUAUGAAACCUAGACUGUUUUGUUCUUUAUUGAGUUCCCCCCCCCCUACGUCUCACCUGAUGCAUUUUGUUAUUCAUUGUGUGACUGAACUUAAGGAAUCGAGCUCCUUCUGUGGCCCACCUCCUUACAGGAAACGAGUGUCUGGAGUUUGGUUGGUUGGAUUGAAGUUAAAACUUCUCAAUUUUUCAGUCAAGAAUUCAAUGAAUAACUUCUCCAAAAUCCCAGCAGCAGUUCAGACGCACCCUUCAACCCUGCCCCUCAUCCUUCAUUCUUGUAAUUAGAUUGCUUUAAAGUUUGUGUUCACGUCAGAUCUUUUUCUGGUUUUCCCCCUUUUGUUACAGUUCUAUAAAAUGUUAAGAACAAACAUAUAAACAACCAUUGUGUGUAUUCAGA